AUGUUCUUUCAAUGUGAUCGUAUGAUUUCAAAAGAACCUAAGAGCCAUGUCAGUAAUUAUACGGGUGUUGAUAGCUUUGCAGUGGAUCAAACUACUAAGAUAGAUAUGCAGCCACAUUAUGAACUUAUUCGAUCUUUGAGUAAAGAGAGAUCGAACAUUAAUCGGAUCGACCGAAGAUUUUAUGAAUUAUAUCAAGAUGAAGAUUCGGAGAAUGAUAAACUGGAUAAGUUGUAUUUGGAUUUUAUAAAAGAGGUUUGGAGAUUGAGCAAGAAGGUGGUUAUUCAUAAAAUGGCCAAGUUAUUUAAUGUUGAUCGUUAUGCUUUGUCUUCGUGA